AUGGCCUCCUCAACCUUGCCUUCAAAUGGCCGUCUCGUCAACAUCGGCACUCACUCUUUGGCUUUGUACAAUCAUGGCCCAGAGCCUAGGAGCACCACCGAGCCCGUCGUACUGUUCAUCUCCGGUGUGGCGAGCGAUGCUCUCAACUGGCAAGCUGUGGUACGGCAGCUGGCUACCUCGGUGCGAAGCUACACAUACGACCGCUCCGGCUAUAAUAACUCCGACUCCUCACCACUGAACCCCUCGGCCGAGAAUGUUGUCCUGGAGCUCUCACUUCUGAUCGAUAAGGCCCCGAUCCCAAACCCUCUGAUCCUCGUCGGCCACUCCUGGGCCGGCGUGCUCACCCAUGAGUACAUUGCGCUCAAGGGCACCGACCAGAUCGCCGGCCUGGUGCUUGUGGACGCCAAUCACGAAACACAGCCCCUGGUUGUGGACGUGAACGACCCAACACUCUGGGCUGUUGCCGCAGGUGUCGAGCCAUACUCUGCUUGGGGUGUAGAGGCGAAUCACAAGUUGACGAGGGAGGAGUGGGAUGCUUUCAGAGCGGCGGAGACGACGGAUAAGUUCAAGCUUAUCGAACAGAAAGAGGAAUUCGAGAACUACAUUCCUAGUUUCGAGACGCUUAGGAAGAAGGAACUAAGCAAGAAGCAACCACUACUUGGUGAUAAGCCAGUCUAUGUGAUCGGCGGCUUGCGAAGCAGGGACUGGAGUGGGCUGUAUAAUGCUGGCGUUGCGAAAGGUAACGGUACCGAGGAGCAGAGGAAGUAUGUGAGAGAGUUGAUCGACUCGGUCGAUGGGAAGAAUGAGGGUCUCAUGAGAGAAUUCUUGAAGGUUUCUACACAGAGCGAGCUUGUGUUCGCAACUGAGAGUGGGCACUUUGUGCAGAUGACUGAGCCGGAAAUUGUGGUUGAUGGGAUCAAAUGGGUUCUGGAUAAGCGGCCAGCAUCUACGUAG